AUGAACUCCAAGAACUUCUUCGUGGCACUCCUCAUGUACGCUUUGAGCCCGUGGGCUCACCUUCUCGGAGGCUCUGUCGAGAAAUGGUUUACGAGAGGGAUGAUUCAACUAGACAAAUACCUUACCCGCCGCAAGGAUGGCCCCGAAAAUAAGCUGAAGGCGAGCUUCAUGCGGUGGUGGCAUGACCGCUUCGACGUCUUCUACUGGACGCCACAGGAGUUGGCGCUGGAUGCCUUCCAUGCUGCAACAGGAUACACUUCAUGGAAACGCCCAGAGCAUGAAGAAAUUUGCGCGAGAAGCCGAGUUGAGCCAAGGGUCAAGCGUGAGGGGAAAGUGCGCAUCGAAUGGUACCCCAGCAUUUUCGCGUGGAAAAGGCUAGUGCGCGAAUGUGAAGGACUGCCGUUCAUUCGGAAAGACGAGAUGUACACGUACAUAUCGCGCGAGCCAAACGAGGAUCUCAACCUCGCCGAGAUCCGGCGAAAGUUGAACUUGGAGAACAUUCAUAUCAUCGACUGGCGCAGGGGUACACUGUUCACACCCGGAAAUCAAGACAGACUUUCUCUUGUGGCAUUCAAUAACCUCGUACAUGUUGAGAAGAAAGUUCCGACCAGGUACUUCGGGCGGCCUGAGCGCCAGCCAAUGGAUACCCUCUACGUGAUUGAAUUACCGAGCGAGCAGACGUUGGCCCUACGUCAUCGACGAGCACAAAUGCUGACGAAGUGGUACGCCAAAUUUCUGGGACCCAACGACACCCGCGCGGGGAUCCUGUGGUUUGCCAUGAUCUCCUGGGCGGCCCUAACAUCCAAGGAGCGCAUACCGCUUCCGGGCUAUUAUAGGGCCUUCAGGAAAGUCUCCUACUUCAGGGAUGUUUGCAUGAUCCUCAGUUUGCUCGUGUCCGCCGCCAUUUCGCUUUUGGCCGCGGCCCUGCAAGAGGUCGAUCUGCUCCGGUACUCCGCCGUCACGUUGGCUGCGACCGUCUUCUUCUGGAACACUAAUCCGAGGGCUGUGGACUGCCUCGACCGCGCGGUGAUGGAUGUCUUCUAUGUGCUUUCACGGCCAGUUUUGUGUUGCUACCGCAUACUCUGGGACGUCGUAGCACGGAGCAUGCGUCGAGUGGGGCGGGUACUAGUCGACUCCUGGGGUGUCGUAGCGUGGGGCAUGUGUGAAGCGGGGUGGUUGCUUGUCGAAUGGCUAGUCCAUACACUAGGCUAUGAUGGAGAGGUGGAAGUAGGGGAGGAAGAGGAAGGGGAGGAGGAUCUAUGA